AUGGCCAACGAAUUUGCCAAGAAUCCACAGCAGAAAGAAAUGGAAGAAACGGUGAUUCUUCAAAAUUUCCAUGUACUACUCAGUACAGAAGAGCGACGAGCCUGUGAGGAGAAACGAUCUGGUCACCUCAUAGAUUGGGACCGAAGUCUUAAAGACAUGAAUAGACCUCAGGAUAAUCCUGCGCACAUUGUUCCGGUCCAACGGUCGAGCGAAGGCACUAAACAUAUCGCUGAAGCUUCAAUCGAUCCGCCCCGCAGAAAUGAAGCAUCAUUGGUCUAUAUGAAGACAGACAGAGGGACCCAAAAAUAG